AUGACUAAACAUGAGUCAAAGAUGAGCUGCCAUCAGGCUGAGCUGGAGGAGAAGGUCAGUCUUCCAGCAGAGGAGUUGGAGUGCAAGAUCUGCUACCAGCGCUACAAUGCCCACAACCGUAAGCCCAAGAUCCUGGACUGCCUGCACCGGGUCUGUGCUCGUUGCCUCAACAAGAUCUUGGACGUGGCCGAUGCCGCUAGCUGCAUUUCCUGCCCCUUCUGCCGCCACCAGACCGAAGUCACAGAGUACGAGGUGUCCGGCCUACCCAACGAUGCCAACAUCAUGUCCCUGCUGGCAACGCGGGACAAGUCCUGGAGCUCUGACCACAGCAGGGAGGUCGUCCUGACUCCCAAGAGCCUCUCUUCCUCAAGCCCUUCCCAUGAUUCCUCCAACUGCUUGGUCAUCACCAUUAUGGAGGUGCAGAGAGACUCACAGCAUUCUCCCGGCCGCAAUGGUAGCUCCGACAUCUACGCUGAGCAGAGCCUGGACUCAGAGUCACUGGGCUCAAACAGGCCCGGUGACCAGGAUGCUCUGUCCAAACUCUGUAAUCACGUCCCUCGCAUCCUGGUAUGGCUGCUUGGCUUCUUCUACUUUGGGUCUCUGCCUCUGGGAAUCUACCUGCUGGUCAUCCAGAGAGUGACUCUCGGCAUUGUCUGCGUUAGCCUGGUGCCCUCAAGCCUGACAGUUUGCCUGGUCUAUGGAUUCUGCCAGUGUCUUUGCCAGGGCAUGUGUGACUGCUCCUCCAGGGUCUGAUGCGAUGCUAACAGGAUGGGAGGACUGGUGAAUGGGCUGCUCACAUGGACAGGUAUCAGCUAUUCUUCAGACAGAUAACAGGCCCACUUGUAAACAGGUUUUUAAAGCCUUUGAGCACAUGGACCAGUUGAAUUCAGAUUGUCCUUAGUGUCAGUCUGUUUCUGUGUCAGGCAGAGCAGCUUGAGCAAGAAGAACGAUACAGCUACUGACAAGUUUUGCCAGUGACCUGGAAGAACAACUGACUGUAGCACUAGCCAUUGUUCUGUGUGUGUGUUGUAUGUACUAUGAAUAGGAGGCAGGGCCAAUAGUGCCUAGGUUUCUGUAACGUGUCGUGUUUUUUUUUUGUUUUUUUUUAAACCUCUUUCUGAUCUGUAUUGUUCUCUCUCUGUAUGAAAAUUUUUACUCUUAAGAGAUGUUCGUAGGUGACACAUACGCUGACCUAAUGAUUGACAGCACAAAAGUCAAACCAAAUGAUUCUGCUUUUUAAAGGAUAGUAGGAAACUUAAAAUCUUGAUUGACUAAAUGAGAACACUUCAACAGUCUGGGUCCUUUUUAAAUUCAGGUCAUGGUAUUUUCCUCAAAAUGCAUUUUGGAUAAGAAAAAAAAUACACUCCACAUGUUGUCUCAAAUCUGAUGAGUCCAGAUGAGUCCAGGUAAGUCGCUGAUGUCUGGGUCUCUGUUCUUUUACUUUCGUUUGUCAGUUUCUUUUUACUGCUGUCUCUCUACCCCCUCCUGCUAUGUUUUGCUGUGUUUCUGUGGCUCUGAUGGGUGCAGAUCUCUGCUUAGUGACACAC